AUGCGUACACACGUUUCGAUUUGAUCACGUACUGUAUUAGAAGAUCUACUGUAUUAGAAGAACUACAAUUGCCAAUCUUUCCUUCACCAAUAGUGACAUUAGAACCACGUGACUUACGAUCAAGCACGCAUGCGCAGAUCAUCGAGCGGGCGGUUUACUGCCAAUCUCGCACGUGUGUUCAAACGAAUCUAGUUGCGUUCCAGUAGUUUCCAGUAUCUACAAAGGAUUUAUAGUGCUAUCGUCUGUUUCAAUCAUCAUAAUAAGAAAAAACGUGAAAAAAAAAGGAACUGCAAAAUCACGUGAAUUGAUCCACGUGUGAUGAAAAUAUCUAUUUUACAUACAUGACAUGAUUCGUCGCAAGCUGAUGUGUAAUGCGUGUUGCAUAGACGUCACGGAAUAGCAAAAAUUCAUGCAACAUUCAGUUUCCUUACUGGUAAAUGCACUUAUGCAAAACAAGAUACCAGCUGUUAGACUGUUAUUUUUUCAUCGUCGUUGAUGGCGUAACAUUAUUCUCAUGCAAAAUUUCUUGUUCCCGAUAAUAAUACUAAUAGAUUUACAAAACACUUUUAAUUUAUAAAAAUGGUAUCAUCAACAAUAAUGGAAAAUGGAAAAUCCAACCCAUCAAGAAAACCUUCUGCAGUGGGUAUUGGUCCAGGCAACUAUCGUUUAGUUGGUUGGGAUAUGGAUACUACGGGCAAAAAAGUUAUAGAUGAAAUAUGUCAAAUAGCUGGAUAUACACCUAGUUCCUCAUAUUCUCAAUAUGUAAUGCCAUAUAAAGAUCUUAAUCCUCCAGCUAUGAAAAGACAUAAUAUGAAAAUAGUAACUAUUGGCAAGUUUCGUGUACUUAAAGAUAAUAAAACUAAUAAGGCAUUAAAAACUAAAAGUGAAGUGUCUGCAUUAACAGAUUUUAUAACAUGGCUUUCCUCUAUAAGAGGAGAUGCAGCAGAUGGUAUAAUAUUAGUUUAUCAUGAACCACGUAAAGUUAUUCCUGCUAUGUUAAUUGAGUCUUUAAAAAAAUAUAAUCUUCUGGAAAGAUUUAAACAAAUUGUAAAAGGCUUUGCAAAUGGAUUUAAUAUUGCUGAAGUAAAAUGUGCAAACACAGUUCGUGCAUAUACUCUCAGGACAUUAUCCCAAAGUUUAUUUAAUCAAGAAACACAAUUAGGCAAUGCAAAAGAUAGAGCAUGCCUGGCUUUACAAAUAGUACAACAUUUAAGUUCAUUAGAAGUUACAAAAGGAAAUGAAGCAGAUGGCAGUGGUGAUAGUGAUAGUGCCAUGAAAAAUACUGUUGAAUUUAUUAGGGAAUUUGUUCAACCAGUAGAAAUAGAAGAACAAGAAUAUGCAGAAUUAAAAAUAGUAUUUGAACGACAAAAUAGUUUAAGGCCUAUUUUUGGAGUUCUAUUUCGUGUAAAUCGUCGAGAACGUCAACAUGCUAGUCCUUUACGACGAUUGCUUGCUGAAGCAGGAAUAGAAUAUUCUCAGUUACAAGAAGCAUGGAGUAAUGGAAAGAAAGAAGGUUUAGAUAAAUUAAUUAAGGAAAAAUUAACUGCAACUGACGAAAAAAAAAUAGAAGAUGUACUAAUCGUUCUUGAAGGUCAUUUUGAUCCUGAUAAGAAAUCCAAAUUAAAAAUAUCAAGAGACAAGAGUCAGAUAAAAAUGAAAAACUCUAAUAUUAACGACGAUAGAGAAAAUAAUAAUAAAUGUGAUUCAGGUACCGAAACUCCCGACAGCACUACUCCUAAUUCGCCACUUAAAAUAAAAUCCGAAUCUUCUGAGAAUAGUACAUUUAUAGCAGAGGAAUAAGAAUUAUAUGAUUCUUUUUCAGUGCCUUUUAACUAAUUAUAAGAUCAAUAUUGUUAUCAGUAACAGAGUUUAUGAUCAUUCCGUUCAUUCUUAUCAUAACGUUAUUCUAGUGUGAUAAAGUAUGAGUGUUAUUUGUUGCAGUAUUGUAUUUAAGUUUUUAUUUUCGUUAUAACAAAGGAUAGUGUAUCCUUAAAGGAUACAAAACUCGAUUUAACAAAAUUAUGUACAAAUAACACAUUAAUUAGUUUUUUAGUUUAUAUUUUUUUUAGUUUAAUAAUUCAUUUUAUGCUCAUUGAUUUCUAUUUAAUCGGAUUAACGUUAUAAAAAGUGAUUGUUUAGAGACUGUCGACAUAGAAAUAUAUUCAAGUGCUACA